AAUUAAUCAAAAUGGAUGCUGUUGAUGUUGCUAUAUUUGCAUGAUAUCGCUUUAGUGGCAAAGUAAUUUCAACGAUAAGGCACUUGAUAAGGUCGGAGAGGGUGUCGUUGGUAGCCCGUGCUGAAGAUAAACCCAUUGCUUUGCUCCUAGUUGUUUGAUGUUCAAUAAUUCUUUACAAAUUUUGAUGUAUUAGUAUUCCACCCAUCCUUUAUUCCUGCACAUUCUUUUACUUAAAUUUUUUACACAGUGCAGUAUAUAAGCAUAGCGGUGUCUAUCUUUUAUUUAAACUCUUAAACAUUUUGUGCAUAGUUCUUUACACUAAAUAGAAAACAUGAAGCUUUUGACUGUUUCUGCGUUAUCUGCUCUUGCUGCCUGUGCAGCAGCUUUACCCGCAGCUAAUCACAUGGAUUUAGCCAAGCGUGCAUAUGUUACCAAUGUUGUUGUUGAAACUGUCACUGUUACUGAAGAUGCCUAUUUGUUUGCUUAUGAUGGUUCGAAAACAGUAAAUAUCAUGGAUAGCCUUGAAUUAGCUCUUUCUGGAGUACUUGUUGGCGGAUCAAGCCCUUUGAUCGAAAACUGUAAUGAUCUUUCUUGUCCUCUGUCUUCAAUUAUUGGUGAUAUGUUCUCUGAUGUAAAUUCCGUUGAGAAUCAAGCUACUGUUCUUCCAGAUGGUGCCGAGUUCUUUGAUUUGGAUUAUAUCGCACAGCUUGAGUUGCCAGAGACGGUGGGUGCCAGUAGUGUCUCUCUUGUCAGCCAAGCUCCAUUCAGUUCGGCUGCAUACAAUUCGAUUGCAUCUAACUCGGUUGCUUCCAGUUCGGUUGCUAUUCCCAGUUAUUUGAACGAUCCUAUGGCUGAUUUUACCAUGAUUGCUGGUCAUAUCAUCGACGAUGCUCAAAGAGCAAUUGGUGGUGUACUGAAUGGAGUAUUUUAUUAAAUGGAUCGUUGAGACAGAUACAUUCCAAUUUUAUUAAUUUUAUUGAAUAAAGACUUGUAAUAGAGAUGAAAUUCUUAAU